AUGAACACACCUCGGCUGGCCUCGACGCCGAAUGUCUCGAGGCCCCAGAGCCCGCUCAGACGAGACUUUGGCGGUGCGGGUGCGUCGACACAAAGAAAUCUACGCAGUCCGAGUCCAUCAGGAGGUCGACGAGAUCGGACGGAGACGAGCAGUCUGCUAGGCGAUGACCUCGAAGGCGGCCAGCGCUAUGGCUCAUCCUUCAUUGCCAAUGAUUCGACUGUUCAGCCUGCUGCUGCGAUCAGUAGAGAGCAAAGACGAGCAAUACGAAAGGAGAAUUGGCAGCAGAUGCGCAAGACGGUCAAGAAGAGAUCAAAGUACUACGUGCCCAUUCUCGAGUGGCUGCCCAACUACGACAUCAGCACCUUCACAGGCGACUUCCUUGCUGGCCUGACCAUGACCUUUCUGCUCGUGCCUCAAUCCAUGUCGUACGCUUCGAGUUUGGCUCGCAUCGAUCCGGUCCACGGCCUGUUUGGUGCCUGCAUUCCCUCAUUCAUCUACGCCCUACUCGGCACAUGUCGUCAGCUAUCAGUAGGACCAGAGGCAGCACUCUGCCUGCUCAUAGGGCAAGCAAUACAGUCUGUCUGGGCAGAUCUGCCAGAUUCUGUGCCCCAGCACGAAAAGGAUAAGAUAGCCGUGUCCAUAGCGAGCCUGAUCACUUUCCAGUCGGGCUUGAUCACCUUCCUGCUCGGCUUUCUCCGGCUGGGUUUCAUGGAUGCCGUUCUGUCGCGGGCGCUCUUGCGCGGCUUCGUGACUGCCAUCGCUUUUGUCAUUUUCAUUGCUCAACUCAUUCCCAUGCUCGGUCUGGAGACACUGGCCGAGACGACCAAAGCAAGCAAAGGCAAUACCAUUGAGAAGGCCAUCUUCCUCGUACGCCAUGUCUGGUCCCUGCAUCGACUCACCACAAUCAUUUCGGCCGUCGCGCUAGCUUUACUCAUAGGCGCCAGGGUUGCGAAAAAGAAGCUCGUGGCCAAGCGUAGAUGGGUGCAGUACUUUCCAGAAGUACUGUCAGUCGUCAUACUGGCUACGAUACUGACGAGUGUCUUCCAUUGGGACAAGCAAGGCUUGAAGAUCCUGGGUCACGUCACAGCAGGCAAAGUCAAGCUACACUUUCCCAUGCAUCAUACAUCUGACUACUUCUUCGACACACUUGGCAUUGCUUCCACGAUCGCCAUUGUCGGUUACGUUGAUAGUAUCGUGGCUGCAAAAGGCCAGGCUGCGCGCUUCAAUUACUCUGUCAGCCCAAACAGAGAGCUUGUCGCACUGGGCGGUGCAAAUCUAGGCGCAUCGCUCAUCACCGGCACACUGCCUGGCUUCGGCAGCAUCACAAGGUCUCGCGUCAAUGCCAAUGCCGGCGCUCGUACGCCCAUGGCAUCGCUCAUCACCAGCGCAUGCAUUCUCCUGACGACGCUCUUCCUGCUUCGCUUUCUCCAUUUCCUGCCAAAGUGCAUCCUUGCGAGCGUCGUCUGUCUUGUCGUUUAUUCCAUCCUGCAAGAGACCCCGGAGGAUGUGCACUUUUUCCUGAAGAUGCAGGCUUGGAACGACUUGGCCCUCAUGACCAUCACGUUCAUUCUCACAUUGUUCAACGUGCAGACUGGCAUCAUUGUGUCCAUCGCCCUGUCACUCAUCAUGGUCGUCCAGAAAGGUUCCAAUAUGAACAUCAGAAUUCUCGGACGGGUUGCCGGUACUUCCAAUUGGGAUUUGCUCGACCCCGACGAUCCAGAGAUGGACGAGACGCCCGGCACGCUCAUCGUUCGCAUCCGAGAAAAUCUCACAUUCGCCAAUGCUGGCGCACUGAAAGAGCGGCUUCGUAGGUUAGAGAUCUAUGGGCAUCGACGGCACCAUCCAAGUGAUGCACCCUAUCGAGGCGAAGCAAAGAUACUCGUCUUCCACUGGGCGGACGUGGACAAUCGCAUGGACGCCUCUGCCAUUCAGGUCCUGCUAGAGACAGUCGAGACAUACACCAGACGAGGUGUAGCAGUCUAUUUCUGUCAUGUCGGAACGCUGCAGCUUCAUCAGCUUGCACAGGGCGGAAUCUACAAGCUACUCGGCCACAGCAAUUUCCAGCCCAACGUAGCAGCAUGUCUUGCAGCGGCAGAGACGGCAGCGGCACCUCUGCAGACUUCUGGCGGAUCAUUUGACGACAGUAUAAUCUACAGAAGAUAA